CUAGCGGCAGUAGGGAGAAACGAAAUACGGAGGUCCAGUCGCCGUGUGUGCCGUAGAGGCUGCUGUCGCGGACGGAAGAAUGAAGCUGCUAGCAAAGAAAAAGCGAACGGCCAAGCAGUUCUGCUGUGUUCCUCGGUGCGUGCCAGCGAGAUGGAAGGACAGCGAUAUUUCCGUUCACGCACUUCCCUCCGAGUGGAAAGGCUGAAGCCGCAGAACCAGCUGGAUCGCUAACCUCCGCAUCGGCAAGGCUGUGACGCUUGCAGUGACUGUUUGCUCACGGCAUUUUGCACGAUGUAGCAUGUCAAAGACAGCGGCUGAAAAAAAUGCAGUACCAACUGAAAACCUGCCAAGGACGUCAUGUUAUGAUGAGAACAAGGAUGCUCAUAUGAAAGAGCUUUCACUGGCAAGACUUCGCCGACGUGUGUAUCGGUCAGCCAGAAAUGAAUCAAGCAAAGAAACUGUUGCCUCCCCAUUAGAAGCAAAGGUGUUGCCCCAUGCACCUGUCAGCACGACCACCAUGGACGAUCUCCCAUCCCCUGACCGCAACAGCAUGGACCAAAUAAGUGACAAAGGAAAUAUGGAAUGUGCUUGCCAACCUGGCCUCCGGACAUUAAUGGCAGAGAAGAGAAGAAAAAGACGUGGCAAAUUUCCUACUAGAAAUGGCUUCACGGACAAGGCUUACAGAAAGCAUGGUUGCCCAAGUGACAUCGGGUACUUUUCCACAGAAGUUUGUGAACACGAUAAAUAGUAGCAACGUAAAUACAUUCACAGGCCUGCCAUCAUUCGAUGUUCUGAAUGCUCGUGUGACGUGCUACACAAAAAUUCAUCCACUUUCAGGACGGCACCAGUUAUGUGCAAAAACAAUUGCACAGACAUUGGUGAAAUUGAAGCAUAUUUCCACUGCAUUCUUGAGUCACCUUUUUAACUGUUCUCUAACUACAUGUAGCAACAUAAUUGCAGAGACUGCUCAGUUGAUGUGUGAAAUUUUAAAAGUAACUGUGGCUGUGCCACCAAAAGAUGAAUUCUAGUGGCACGUUUGCAUAUUCGGCAUUAGGUGAUUCACCUGAAGUCGUGCCAUGGCUGGCGAUAUUGCAAGUAGCCUGUACUGCAUAGAGGCAUUUGUGCGUGUGACCAUGGUUCCAUCAAAGCGUGGCGGCCUUGAGAGUAAGUGCGGUCUUCUGUUUGGAAAUCCAGCAUUUUUUAUGCCAAUCAGCCACUUCAUACUUUUCAGACACGGUCGUUGCCAUGUGAUCUACAUGCUGCACUUGUUUGCAUUGGCCAAACCUGCAGACUUCAACUUCAACACACUUUUUGUAAAUUAGCAAUGCACAUUCUUUUGCAACUUGUAUUCUUCAUUGAAGUGCUGAUUUACACUACGCAUUCUGAUGCAAGUUUUCAUCUUAUGGUAUUCCGAGAUAUUUGCAGUUCACUUAUGAUCUGUGUGCAUAGAGUUGUGGUUAUUCUUCAAUGGCUGUUUGUUGUCCCUUUCCUUACUUAUAUUUUUUCACAAAAUAAACCACAUGCACUCAA